AUGCAACGAUUGCUCCCGCGAAAGCAACUCUUAAAAAAAUAUAAAUUGUAUUUCGAAGUCAAAGUCACAGAAGAACAAAGUCCUUUAGCAUUAGUUGCUGCCUUUUUAUGUCUAUAUGCAAAACAAUAUUUGACUGUAUCUGAUUUGAAAAAAGCUGAAACUAUACGUAUUCAAGAAUAUAAUGAAAUUCUUCGAUCGGAAAAACUUAUAUCAUCAGCAACAACAAAUAAUAUUGCAGUCUCGUCUAGUAAUGCUCAACAAUCCAUGGAAUCAUCUGAAGGUCAUAUGGAAAAAUCAAUCGAUUAUUUAUUAAAAAUUUGCUUAGUAGAAAAACCACCAGUUCAUAAAACCACCAACAAAAGAAUUGUAUGGACCAUACAGCAAGAAUUAGGUUAUUAUGCGAUGACAGGAACUCCAAAACGAAAUUUUCAAUCGUACUGGAACUUGAAUCAAGAUAAAAUGCCUAUAUUAGCUUCAUUGGUUCGUCGAUUUUGCUUAUCACCUGCAACAAGCGUCGCCAGUGAAUCAUCAUUUAGCUGUGAUAAUUAUAUACAGAGGAAACAACGAUCUUCUCUAUCGUCCACUAAUCUUUGCUAUACAAUGGUAUUACGAGAUGCUGGUGUGGUUAGAAGAUUAAGUCAAAUAUAUUAA